CAGCCAAUAGCGGAGACCAACCCCCACAACACACACACACCCCACCCUCCCUGAUCCCGUGGGACUAUCCACUCAGUCUGCACUGAAGCAGCCCAGUGACCAGGAGUUGGAAGCAGGUCCGGGUUGACGUCGCCUCCCAGAUGGCCUCCAGGCUGACCCCGCUGACCCUCCUGCUGCUGUUGCUGCUGGCUGGGGGUAGAGCCUCCUCAGAUCUGAAGGAUACUGACCAUGGCCCUGCCGAUCCAGAGAGCCUGCCAGAGGAAGGCGAAAGGAACACCUUAAAGAAAGAGAUCCUGGAGAAUCAACCCAUUUCACCCACCGGGGGCAAGGAAAUCUUAAAGGAAGAGGUUCCUGAGAAUCAACCCACCGGGGGCGAAGAAAUCUUAGAGGAAGAGGUUCCCGAGAAUGAACCUAUUCAACCCACCGAGGCCAAAGAAAUCUUAGAGGAAGAGGUACCUGAGAAUCAACCCAUUCAACCCACCGUGGGCUCUUCUAUGCAAACAAACAACUCAGCCAUCCCAGUAGCCAAUAGCACUUUGCAAAGCACCUGUCAGCUCAGCAUCGAGUCAACCACUGAACCUACCCUCCCAACUACCCUGCCCACUACUGGGCCCCUCUGCCCGGAGCCUGACACUUACUGUCCUGACUUGGAGAACCCUUCAUCAAGGACCCUGUUGCAGGAGGCUUUGGUAGAUUUCUCCCUGAAGCUCUACCACGCCUUCUCAUCCGUGAAGAAGCCUGAGACCAAUAUGGUCUUCUCACCUUUCAGCAUCGCCGGCCUGCUCACACAGGUCCUGCUUGGGGCUGGGGGCAACACCAAGAAAAACCUGGAGACCCUCCUCUCCUACCCUGAGGACUUUCCCUGUGUCCACCAGGCCCUGAAGGCCUAUGUGUCCAAAGGCUUCACUUCAGCCUCUCAGAUCUUCCACAGCCCAGACCUGGCCAUAAGGGAUGCCUUUGUGAAUGCCUCUCAGAAUGUGUAUGGCAGCCCCAGACUCCUGGGAAAUGACAGUGAUGCCAACUUGGACCUCAUCAACACCUGGGCGGCGGAGAAGACCAAUCACAAGAUCAAGCAGCUGCUGGACAGCCUGCCCUCCGACACCCGCCUGAUCCUCCUCAAUGCUAUCUACCUAAAUGCCAAGUGGAAGGUACCAUUUGAACAUGGAAAAACCAAGAAGGAGCCCUUUCACUUAAAAUCCUCUGUGAUAAAAGUGCCUAUGAUGAUGAGCAAGAAGUACCCGGUGGCCCAUUUCACUGACCCGUCACUGAAGGCCAAGGUGGGGCAACUGCAGCUCUCCAACAACCUGAGUAUGGUGAUCCUGAUACCCCAGAACUUGAAAUACAGUCUCAAAGAUGUGGAAAAGUCUCUCAGCCCCACUGUCUUCAAGGCCAUCAUGAAUAAGCUGGAGAUGACCAAGUUCCAGUCCACUUUUGUGUCGAUGCCCCGAUUCAAACUCAAGAGCAACCAGGACAUGAUGACAAUCAUGGAGAACAUGGAAUUCUAUGACUUUUCCUACGACCUCAACCUGUGUGGGCUGACGGAGGAUCCAGACCUUCAGGUUUCUGCCGUGCAGCACCAUGCCGUGUUGGAGCUGACGGAGACCGGGGUGGAGGCGGCCGCAGCCUCGGCUGCCUCGGUCGCCCGCUCUUUGCUGGUCUUUGAGGUGCAGCAGCCCUUCCUCUUCGUGCUCUGGGACCAGCAGCACAAGUUCCCCAUCUUCAUGGGGCGGGUGUACGACCCCAGCACCUGAGACCUGCAGGGGCCAGGCUGGGGCCAGCCCUACUCAGUUGCAGCCCCCCCGCCCCCUGCUGCCUGCCUGGACUGGUCUCCAGCCACGUCCCACCUCUGGUGACCUCGGUCCUCCACCUGAAGGGCACCUUCAGAGUCUGGUAAAGGGACCGCCUUCUAGCAUCCCUUCCCUGUGACUCUCCAAACCGCUUUUUGCAGCUUUCUCUGGUUCAAGUUCAUUAGACUCUACGAAAUAAAAAUUGG